CUCUUGAAGUAGACUCUAAGCCAAAGCCACCGUCCCCAUCAGAUCUCAGAUCUCAGCUCGCCGUUCCAAAGCCAUGGCCGAGAAGGGCAAAGAAAAGGUAACUAUGAUGAAGUUGAAGGUGGAUCUUGAUUGUGCCAAGUGUUACAAGAAGGUCAAGAAGGUUCUUUGCAAGAUCCCUCAAAUCAGAGACCAAUUUUUUGAUGAAAAGUCAAACAUAGUCAUCAUCAAGGUGGUUUGCUGCAGCCCUGAGAGGAUUAUGGACAAACUAUGUUCCAAAGGUGGUGGCUCUAUCAAGACCAUCGAGAUAGUUGAGCCACCCAAGCCGCCUCAGCCUCAGCCACAGCCACAAGCCCAACCUCCUCCUCAGAAGCCUAAAGAUGCUCCUAAACCCGCUGAGAAGCCUAAGGAAGCCGAAAAGCCCAAAGAGGCUGAAAAACCUAAACAAGCUGAAAAGCCCAAAGAAGCAGAGAAGCCCAAGGAAGCUGAGAAGCCCAAAGAUGCCGAGAAGCCUAAGCAAGUCGAGAAGCCAAAAGAUUCAGAGAAGCCAAAAGACUCAGACAAACAAGCAGCUCCCAAACCCGCACCAGCAGGUCCAGCACCUGCUCCAGCCACGAAGCCGCCAGGACCACCACCACAGGCUGUGCCAGUGAUGCCGCAAGGCCCGCCACCACAAGCUUUGCCAGUGAUGCCGCAAGGGCAGCCUGUAGCUAUGUGUUGUGGGCCAUACUACGAUGGUUUCGGAGGUGGGCCAGCAUUCAAUGGAUAUGGAAUGCCGCCUCCGUAUGAAUGCUAUGGGCGACCAGUGUACGAUAGCUGGGGAGGUGGACCACCACCUAGCUACAGACCAUGCCCACCACCUAGUUACAGCAGAUCAUGCCCUCUCAACAGAUGCGAUUACUUCAGCGAAGAGAACCCACAAAGCUGCUCCAUCAUGUGAUACGAUAUCACCCUUUUCACUCUUUAUUCUUCUUCAAAUCUUUUUUUUCUAAUACAAAUAAUUAAAAGAAUAUAUAUAUAGAGAUAUUUACGUGUAAUGUUGGGAAAGGAAUAAGGAAGGAAGAAUCGUUGUAUUUUGUAAGUGGUAGCCAUUUCCAUUUGGUUGUCCAUUUUGAAGCUGUAAACAUUAAAGAGAAUUGUUUCAUUUUCUUAAAUAUAUACGAAUAAUAGUAUUUUCACUUUAUCAAU